AUGGAAGUGUCAGCCCGGCACCCUCCCAGGAGCUCCCAACAACUAAUCGACCAGAGCCCCUGCGGGGGAAGAAGCACCAUGGCUCGGGAAAACAUGGAGAAACACAUGCGCCUACGCACGUACACACGCGCACGACAUAUCCCACGAUAUAGACGAGUUUAUACCGUGAUAUUCAUCUGCAUCUCGUUAUCAGGCCGCGAGAAUAAGCAGCCCGACCCCCAGUUUGGCCCGGGAACAAUUAAACUCCAGCCCGGAAAUCCCAAGUUGACGGUUAAGUCCAACGCUCGCCGCAGACAUCUAGUGGACCCGGCGCUCGCGGACGGAAGCGAACAGACCCAGUUGGACCCGUAUGACACGAAGCCGACCCACCUUUGCUGCCAUCUAACUCCGCUGACCUGCCCACCGUUCCCCCACUGUCCGCUGGUUAACCCGGGCAGCGGAGAGAGGAGGUGCUUCUCUUUUGUCCCACGGCAGGUGGCACCAACAGACGGCUUCUGCAAAGCUGAGAGCUCCUUUUAUCCGUGGAUCAGGAGCAAAGUUUGCAUCUACACUGUCAGGCUGUGUUUGGAUGUUAGCAGUUAGUUUAGCUUUGCGUCUUCAGAGUAAUUGUUCUUAGCUACUUAAAAAAGAAAAGGAAAGAAAAGAAAAUUUAAAAUUUUCUUCAUUGAUCAUUCAGGAGCAUGUUUAAUUUCCGUGUAUUUGUACAAUUUCAAAGUUCGACUUGUUGUUGACUUCUAGUUUUAUUCCAUUGUGGUCAGGAAAGAUAUUCGAUAUAAUUUCAAUUAUUUUAAAUUUGUUGAGACUUGUUUUGUGGCCUAAAAUAUGGUCUAUUCUGGAGAACAUUUCUUGUGCUGAUGAAAGAAUGUGUUUUCUGCAUCUGUUGGAUGAAAUGUUCUGUAAAUGUCUCUUUGUUAGUCUAAAAUGCAGGGGUUUUUUUUGUUUUUUUGGGAGAGUCUCACUCUGUUGCCCCGGCUGGAGUGCAGUAACAUGAUCUUGACUCACUGCAACCUCCACCUCCCAGGUUCAAGCAAUUCUCAUGCCUCAGCCUCCCAAGGAGCUGGGAUUACAGAUGCCCGCCACCACACCCAGCCAAUCUUUGUAUUUUUAGUAGAGAGAGGGUUUUACUAUGUUGGCCAGGCUGGUCUCUAACUCCUGGCCUCAAGGGAUCCACCUGCCUCAGCCUCCCAAGGUGCUGGGACUAUAGGUGUGAGCCACCGCGUCCAGCCUAAAAUACAGUAUAAAUCUAAUGUUUUUUUUUUUUUUUAAUUUUCUAUCUAGACGAUCUGUUCAGUGCUGAGAAUGGGGUGUUGAAUUCCCCAGCUAUUGUAUUGGCAUCUAUAUCUCCCUUUAGACCUAAUAAUAUUUGGUUUAUAUUAUAUAUCUCGGUGCUCCAGUGUUGGGUGCAUAUAUAUUUAGAAUUGUUACAUCCUUUUGCUGAAUUGAUCCCUUUAUCAAUAUAUAAUAACCUUUGUCUUUUUUUAAUCA